AUGUCCCCCAUACAGGUUGUUGUCUUUGUCUUAUCAAGGAUUUUCCUGCUAUUCUUUAGGCUAAUUAAGAUAAUUAUAACCCCUAUCCAGAAGCCGCUAGGUUACCUAUUUGGUGAUUAUUUUAAAGAAUUAGAUCGUAGAUAUGGAUUCAAGGAGGACUGGUAUAUUAUCCCUUACUUUUUGAAAAGCGUGUUUUGUUAUAUCAUUGAUGUGAGAAGGCAUAGAUUUCAAAACUGGUAUUUAUUUAUUAAACAGGUCCAGCAAAAUGGUGACCAUUUAGCUAUUAGUUACACCCGUCCCAUGGCUGAAAAAGGAGAAUUUCAACUCGAAACGUUUACGUAUACUGAAACUUAUGACAUAGUGCUGAGAUUGUCUCAUAUCUUGCAUGUCGAUUAUAAUGUCCAGGCCGGUGACUACGUGGCAAUCGAUUGUACCAAUAAGCCUCUUUUCGUAUUUUUAUGGCUUUCUUUGUGGAACAUUGGCGCUAUUCCAGCUUUCUUAAACUAUAAUACUAAGGGCACUCCGUUGGUUCACUCUUUAAAGAUCUCCAAUAUUACGCAGGUAUUCAUUGACCCUGACGCCAGUGAUCCGAUCAGAGAAUCUGAAGAAGAAAUCAAAAAUGCACUUCCCAAUGUUAAAUUAAACUAUCUUGAGGAACAAGAUUUAAUGCAUGAACUUUUAAAUUCGCGAUCACCGGAAUUCUUGCAACAAGACAAAAUUAGAACACCAUUAGGUUUGACCGAUUUCAAACCCUCCAUGUUAAUUUAUACGUCUGGAACCACGGGCUUACCUAAAUCAGCUAUUAUGUCUUGGAGAAAAUCUUCGGUAGGUUGCCAAGUUUUCGGUCAUGUUUUACAUAUGACUAAUGAAAGCACUGUUUUCACAGCAAUGCCUCUGUUCCAUUCCACUGCCGCCUUAUUAGGUGCAUGCGCCAUUCUGUCCCACGGUGGUUGCCUUGCGUUAUCGCAUAAGUUUUCUGCCAGUACAUUUUGGAAGCAAGUUUAUUUAACAGGAGCUACGCACAUUCAAUAUGUCGGAGAAGUCUGUAGGUACCUCUUACACACUCCGAUUUCCAAGUAUGAAAAGAUGCAUAAGGUGAAGGUUGCUUAUGGUAACGGGCUGAGACCUGACAUUUGGCAGGAUUUUAGAAGAAGGUUCAAUAUAGAAGUUAUUGGUGAAUUCUAUGCCGCAACCGAAGCUCCUUUUGCUACAACCACUUUCCAGAAAGGCGACUUUGGAGUUGGUGCAUGUAGGAACUAUGGUUCUGUCAUUCAAUGGUUUCUGUCAUUCCAACAAACAUUGGUGAGGAUGGAUCCAAAUGACGAUUCUGUUAUAUAUAGAAAUUCUAAGGGUUUCUGUGAAGUGGCCCCCGUUGGCGAACCAGGUGAAAUGUUAAUGAGAAUCUUUUUCCCUAAAAAACCAGAAACUUCUUUCCAAGGUUAUCUUGGUAAUGCGAAGGAAACAAAGUCCAAGGUUGUGAGGGAUGUUUUCAGGCGUGGCGAUGCUUGGUAUAGAUGUGGGGAUUUAUUAAAAGCGGACGAAUAUGGAUUGUGGUAUUUUCUUGAUAGAAUGGGUGAUACGUUCAGAUGGAAAUCUGAAAACGUUUCCACUACUGAAGUAGAAGAUCAGUUGACGGCUAGUAACAAAGAACAAUAUGCACAAGUUCUUGUUGUUGGUAUUAAGGUACCUAAAUAUGAGGGUAGAGCUGGUUUUGCGGUUAUUAAAUUAAGUGACAACUCUCUUGACAUCCCUGCCAAGACUAAAUUAUUAAAUGAUUCCUUGGCCCGGUUAAAUCUACCGUCUUAUGCUAUGCCUUUAUUUGUUAAAUUUGUCGAUGAAAUCAAAAUGACUGAUAACCAUAAGAUUUUGAAGAAGGUUUAUAGAGAGCAAAAAUUACCGAAGGGUUUGGAUGGUAAUGACACCAUUUUCUGGCUCAAGAAUUAUAAGCGUUACGAAGUUUUAACCGCUGCUGAUUGGGAAGCUAUCGAUUCUCAAACAAUUAAAUUAUGA